UGUUGUCAUCUGCGUUCUUUAAUUUAGUGUGUUUAACAUUGGGUGUGCUGUUGUGGCGUCGACAAUGCAGACAAUGCGCCUCUAACAGUAGUUUUUUCUUCAAUUCUCCAUAUGUUGGAGCUAAGUAACUCAUUUGUCGAGAACAAUCGAUAGAGGUAAGCGUUAAGUAGUCCAAAAAAACCGAACAUUUUGUCUGAAAUACGAAGGCCGGCUCCGAAGCUUUUAAGCUAACGCCUAACGUUAGCUAUGGAGGAGAAGAAGGAGGAGGGAGAGGCUGAAAUUCAGGAGCACGGCCCCGAGCACUGGUUCUCCAAAUGGGAGCGGCAGUGUUUAGCCGAGGCUGAACAGGAUACUCCAAACGAAGAGGAGACGGAACAAAGUCAGCAAAAGUUGUGGCACCUUUUCCAAAACUCUGCCACUGCUGUGGCGCAGCUGUAUAAAGAUCGAGUAUGUCAGCAACAAGGUCUCUCCAUGUGGGUUCCCUUCCAGAACGCUGCCACAGCCGUCACUAACCUGUACAAAGAGAGUAUGGACGCUCACCAGCGGAGCUAUGACCUGGGCAUCCACUUAGGCCACCAGCGGAGAAAUAAAGAGGUGAUAGCAUGGGUUAAGAAACGACGAAGAACUAUCAGAAGAGAGGACCUUAUUAGCUUUCUAUGUGGCAAAGCUCCACCUCCACGAACCGCUCGCGCCCCGCCAAGAGUCGCCAUGGUGUCUUCAAGCCGAUCAUCUCCCACAGAGACUGACAGUUCUGUCGAGACCGACUUGCAGCCCUUCAGAGAGGCCAUAGCCCUGCACGGUCUUAGUGGUGCCAUGGCAAGCAUUUCCGUGCGCUCUGGUCCUCCCGGCUCCCCGACUCACCCCGCUCAGCCCCUCAGUCGUCGUAGAAAUGGCCUUCAUGAUGUGGACCUCAACACCUUUAUUGCUGAGGAAAUGGCACUUCAUUUAGAUUCUGCUGCCAAUCGUAAACGAGUGUCUGCACCUUGUAGCGACGUCAUAACAGACUCACCCACUCAUAAACGUAACAGGAUGCUCUGAACUUUUUUCACUAUUAACUCCUCUGUCCUCUCGUCGAUGGCCGAUUGGACAUGUGAUGGGAGACUGUUGCCUUGGCCAGCCACAAAAUCCUCUUUCUUAGUUGCAAUGCUAUAGUUAAACAUGUGACUAUUACCAGACUGCGUAGUUAACUCAUCCUUUGUUUUCUCACCUUCUACUUCCGCCUCAAAAGAAAAUUAGUCUCAUUUUCAAAGUUGAGUUGUCUAAAGUAUUUCUUUCUCCGCUCAGUUGGUCUGACAAAGAAGCACAGCCUUAAAAUGAAAUCUUUAAAAUAGAUUUGAUUUUUAAAUCAACUUCACAUUUAUGAACUGAAAGCAUUAGACAUUUCUCUUCUGUUUGUAGUUCUUUCUGCCCCCAAGAAAGCUUCUUUUUUUUUCUUUUUUGUGGAGUGUGGGUCAAACUAAACUGAAGUCUUACCCGAUGAGGAGACUGAACUCUUUCUGCUGUUUGGCUUGAUUGAAAAACACUUGUGUGUUUUCUUCUGUGGCUUUUGUGUGUUUGCAUAUCUGACAUUGAACUGCCACUUAAUGUGUCUUAUAGGUCUUUUUGCCUUUGAGGCUGCUACUGUGUAAACUAGUUGAUGUGCAACAGGAAGUGCGUGUGUGUGUGUGUGCGUGCGUGCAUGCGUGCGUGAUUGUUUCCUCUUUCACUAAAACUCACUCCUACCUUUAUUUGCUUUUUUGCAGACCAAACCAGGGUUUUAUCACAAAGCAGCUCAGUUCAGAUUAUACAAAAGAGAAGAGUAGUGUGAUGUUUGUAGCUAAAUUUGAAUUUAAAAAAGUACUUUAAUUUUUGUUUCUAUUUCAAAGCCACACUAAUUCAUCUUUUUGAGUUUAUACAUUUCCCUUAAGUCAGCACUAAUGUUUACAUUUGACCUAACCAUAGAAAAAAAACCUCCUCCAUCCCCAUCGUUGUACGUUUCUUGAUUUUAAAAAGUAAAGGAAACAAAAAAAAGCUCCUGCUAUAACAGCUUUAAACUUAGAGAAUUACAGUGGCCAACCAAAUGUCUGUGAACUUAUAAAGGCCGAUGGCUGUGAGAUAAUCUUUCGCCGGGUUAUACAUUAUUGGGUGUAUUAGUUUAGCAAAACCUGAUUUUGCUCACUUUGCACACUGCUUUGUGAUAUAAUCUUGUGUAUUGUAAAUAAUGUGGGUGCUGUUAUGUAGUACAUAUUGUAAAAAGAAGUGUUAAUUCAUCAGGAUGUCCUUGUAUAGUAAUGAUUCUGACAAUAAAGAUAAUACAAAUACCUGUGG